AUGGCUAGACUUGCAAACCGAGACUUUGAGAUCCUUGAAGCCUUAGGCCAAAGGUAUCUAGAAUGGAGGGUGGAUGCAAAAGCUUACCUAAAGUCACUUAGCCUCUACCACACCAUUGUCGAAGGUGGUGCCCCUACCCCUUUGGAGCAAGCGAAAGCAUUGGUAUAUCUCAAACACCAUAUACAUGAAGAAAUCAAAUCUGAAUACAUCCUUGUGGAAGAUCCCAAAGAGUUAUGGGAUAACCUAAAGGAUAGAUUUGAGCAUUUGCAAAGAAUUAUCGCUCCAAGGGCCCAACAUGAAUGGUCAAUACUCAGGUUUCAGGACUUUGCAUCACUAAAGCUGUGUGGAGAACUUGUGUCUGAACGAGCCAUGAUUGAGAAAACCCUCUCCACUAUGCAUGCCAAUAAUAUUGUUCAACAAGAACAAUAUCGUGAAAGGCGUUGCCAAAAGUUCUACGACCUAAUUGCCAUCCUUUUGGUUGCACAACAGAACAACCAAAUCGUGCUCUCAAUUCAUAAUCAAAGGGCAGCAGGUACCAGCACAGCAGCAGUUGAAACAAAUGCCACUAGAGGUGGCAAGCGCUGGAAUAAGCGGGGAGGUAACUCAAACUGGAAUGGCCGGUUCAAAAAUAGGGGUAAUGGAGAAAGAAAUGACAAUGGAAGUGGCAUAGGAAGAGGACACCAAAACUGGCGCCCAAACAGACGACGCGGAGGAAGAAAGUCCCAACAAAGAACACAAGAGAAAAGUUUUAAAUGUGGCAUUCAAGGGCAUUGGGCAAAUGAAUGCCGCACAGCCAAACAUCUUGUAGAUCUAUAUGUGGCCUCUACUAGGGAUCAAGGGAGACGUGGCGAAACAAAUUUCGUCACUGAAACUACUCCGCUCCCAUACCUCGAUGUAGCUGAUUACCUCAUGGAAGAUAUUUCUAAUGUCUAG